UUCUUGAUAGAUCGAAGAACUAUCAUGGAAUCGCGCAAAAUAAUUGUUUUUUAAUUAUUUACAAAGAAAUUACAAUUAAUACAAAUAAAAUGGGCACGCAAAAACCCGGAGAAUGGGCUAACACACUCAUAGCUCGGUUUGAGGAACAAUUACCAUAUAAAACUGGAGCUCAACAUCUCCAUUCUCGAAUAAAUGAAGAACAAUGCAAAGCGUGCUUAGUGCAAAUUAGUCGACACCGUUUUUCACUCGUAAUCUCUGGCCUAACUAAAAUUUUACAGAAAUUAAAUGAAUUGUACCAACCGUCUACCACAACAUGCGUCACCCGGCUUCAAGUGGAACAAGAAAAGGGGUAUCACGAUAGCUUGGUGAUUGUGUUGGAUACCCUCGAGAUAUGUCUCAGUUCGCAACCAAAGGACACGGCCAAGUAUGAGGAGGCUAUGAACGUAAAGAUUCUAUUGAGAGAAGUUUGCCAGUUUAUCGAUCUCCGAAACGAGAGUAAUGUCAACAAUAUCCUCCUCAGACAGUUGGCCAGCAAAGUACUGUUUGCUCUUAGUUUAAAUUUUUUUAAUGCAGUAUUUAAUAGGAUAAGUGCCAGAUUACAGGAACUAGCAUCUAGCUCCGAAGAAAACCCCGACUACACAGACAUAGAGUUGAUACAACACGUAAAUGUUGACAUUUUGAGGCUUAUACGGCUUUUAACAGAAUCGAUACAAAAACUCAAAUUAUUAAGGAAAUCAGCGCAUAUUGUGCUAGUGGUGUCAUUGGAGAAGGCUGUAUGGAAUUGGAUGGAUACAUAUCCACAGGAAUUCGCAGAAGUACAACGUCGGCCUAACGAUGAGCUAAGUAAAUGCUGUGACACGCUAUUUGACAUACUACAAGACAGUUUCUCAGACAACAAGAAGUCUAGAGUAGCGAUGUGGCCGCUACAAAUUAUGUUACUCAUUUUAAACCCUAAAGUUCUCGAAGAAAUAGUAAACGCGGACAGCGGAGCGCCGUGCAGUCCGAGACACACAAAAAAGAAACACUUCAUUGAUACCGUCAAACGUGGUUUAAGUCCUCAAAACAAUUCGAAGCAGAUGACAGAAGCUGCAAUAGUGACGUGUGUAAAGUUGUGCAAGGCGUCAACUUACCUGAACAUAGCUGAUUCCGGCAACGUGACAUUUGUCCUUGUGAAGUCAGUCAUAAACGACCUUAAGAGCCUGCUGUUCAACCCCAGCAAGCCGUACGGGCGCGCCGCCUGCAGCGAGCCGGAGCUGCUCACGGACUGCUUCGUGUCGCUGUUCCGCAUCAUGCCGCACUCCAACGACGCGCUCAAGGUCUGCCUCAACCUCAACACGCACAUCUCCUACCACUACGUCAUCGUGGACUCGCUGCUCAGGAUAAUAAAACAGCCACGUCUACCCUGGUGGCCGCAGAUAGAACUCCUUUACCCUCGAGCUGCUGAGCUGAGGGCUAUGUUCACAGAUGCACUCAAUAAAGCUACACAGGGUUAUAUAGUUCACACACCUCUGCGAAUGAUCUCCCUCUCUCUCAAGUCGAAAGAAGUUCAAGCAAAAUUUAAUAAAUCAGAAGAAAUGCCGGCGUAUAGGAAUCUACUUCUGCUUCUAGUGAAGCUAAUACACGCAGAUCCCAUGCUUCUGUUGAGUAAUCCAGGUCGUUCUGGAAUUGAAAUCCAAUCAUCCACAACGGAAUUAAUAAACGGCCUCGUGUCACUCGUCCAUCACACCGGAAUGGGGGAGAUAUCCCAGGAAGCGAUGGAUGCGUUACUAGCUCUGCAUAGGCCGGAUAUGGUGCACAUGUGGAACCCUGAAGCACCGUUGAGCACGUUUUGGGAUAUCAGCUCCCAAAUUUUAUACAACAUAGGUCAGAAGCUGAUACAGCGACAAUUAAGCAAUUAUCGUGAGGUGUUGCGGUGGUUGAGGGACGUUCUUACAUGUAGGAACGAAUUCCUCGCCAAACACAAAGAGUACGCCCAAAUUGGCUCAAAGAUACCAAUAUGCAAGCAGGCUCAUAUCAAGUUGGAGGUUGUGUUCUUCAUGUGCCUGUGGUCCGUGGACACGGAGAUCGUGCUCGUGGCCAUGUCGUGCUUCGCCCUGCUGUGCCAGCAGGCCGACGUGACGUGUGCGGACGACGUAUCCGUGCACAGCCUGCUGCCCAACUACGCCGUGUUCCAGGAGAUCGCGCACACCUCCACCGUGCUCACCACCGCAGCGAGUCAGGAUUUGGCCAGGGGAUGUUUCUACAAAAACAUAGACACAGCUGCAGCCCUUCAAAAGCGCAUAACGGCGUUGCUUAGGAAGAUAGAACACUGCGUGGACGGCGUCCAACCGGUGUGGGAAGAGACUUUUAGAUGCUGGGACUCGGUGUGCAAGCUGCUGCAGAAGUACCCGAAGGGCGUGCCCGGCGACGAGCCGCCCGAGCCGCCGCACCGCGCCGCCAAGCGCCGCGUGGCCGCGCCCUGCUCCGACCAGGACAUCGAGAUGCAAAUUCAAGAAUGGGCCAACAUCACAUCUUUUCUAUGCGCUCUUGGCGGUGUUUGUCUCCCGCGUAAACCUACGCCUGUGUGGAGUCAAAUACACGGACACGAUGCAAGGAAGUACAACGUUUUGACAAACAGUUCCGAAGAAGUGCAGUACUGUCCUGUGACUCAGUUCAUAGGCCAGAUGCUAAGGCUACUACUCUGUAACAACGAACGUUUUGGAGCCCAAAUACAGAGUCACGUGACACAGUUGGUCGGUGUAGAAAUGUCCCCAGCUCUGUACCCCAUACUGUUCGAUCAGAUCAAGGCGAUUGUGGACAAAUUCUUCGACCAACAACAGCAGGUGAUGCUGACAGAUAUUAACACGCAGUUCGUGGAGCACACGAUAUUUAUUAUGAAAAGUAUACUGAACAAUAAGAAGAGCGAUCAGCCGUGUGAACACCUGAGCACCACGUCUAUAGAGGGACUCAUGUUGGCCAUUGUUAGAUAUGUCCGCCAUCUAGACAUGACCGUAUUAUCCGUUCAAAUCAAAACGAAGUUAUGUCAAGUUGUCGACGCUAUGAUGAGGCGGAGAGAUGACUUGGCCUUUAGACAGGAAAUGAAAUUCCGCAACAAAAUGGUCGAGUACGUGACCGAUUGGGUCCUCGGAACUUCCCACCAGAUCGCACCGCCCCUCAGAGCGGACGCCUCUUCCAUCACCAGGUAUGUGAUCAGAUGUUAUAUAUCCAGGGAGUUGGACCAGGCCUGUAUGGAGGCUGUGGCGGCACUUCUCAAGGGCUUACCGCUACAGCCUGAGGAGUCGGACCGCGGAGAUCUGAUGGAGGCGAAGAGUCAGCUGUUUUUGAAAUACUUCACCCUUUUCAUGAACCUACUAAACGACUGCAAUGAAGUGGAGGUGACGGAAGGACCAGGGCGUCUCGAGACCUUAAGGAAUGCUACCAUCCAGGCAAUGUCCAACUUGUUGUCUGCCAAUAUCGACUCCGGACUCAUGCAUAGUAUCGAUCUGGGCUACCAUCGCGACCUGCAAACUCGAGCGGCGUUCAUGGAAGUUCUAACAAAGAUACUACAGCAGGGUACAGAGUUCGAUACCUUAGCGGAGACGGUGUUGGCCGACCGUUUCGAACAACUUGUCCAACUCGUGACCAUGAUCUCUGACAAGGGAGAGCUGCCCAUCGCGAUGGCGCUGGCGAGCGUGGUGGGCUCGGGGCAGAUGGAUGAGCUGGCGCGCGUGCUGGUGUCGCUGUUCGACGCCAAGCACCUGCUGGCGCCGCUGCUGUGGAACAUCUUCUACCGGGAGGUGGAGGUGUCCGACUGCAUGCAGACGUUGUUCAGAGGAAACUCACUCGGCAGCAAAAUAAUGGCGUUCUGUUUUAAAAUAUAUGGCUACGGAUACCUUCAGAACUUGCUACAACCACUGAUAACGGUUUUACUAGAUCAGGCGGAAUUAAAUCCCAAUUUGAGCUUUGAGGUGGACCCGGCUAGGCUAGACCCGACACAGGAUAUAGAAAUCAACAGAAACAAUCUGAGAGAUCUGACUCGCGAAGUGUUCGAGAGGAUCAUCAGUUCAGCGGAUAAAUUCCCUUCGCAGCUACGUAGCAUGUGUCACUGCUUAUACCAGGUUCUGAGCAAGAGAUUCGUUCAGUUUCCACAAACGAGCGUCGGUGCUGUCGGCACAGUUUUGUUCUUGCGGUACAUCAAUCCAGCGAUAGUUUCUCCUAAAGAAAUGGGUAUAGUGAACCGCCCCAUUCCACCCCACAUCAAACGCGGUCUGAUGCUUAUGUCGAAGAUAUUGCAGAACAUCGCCAAUCACGUGGAGUUCUCGAAGGAACAACAUAUGUUGCCCUUUAACGAUUUUCUUAGAGAGCAUUUCGAGGCAGGACGCAAGUUCUUCAUAGAAAUUGCGUCAGACUGUGAGACGGUGGACCAAACAUCUCACAACCUGUCAUUUAUCAGUGACGCCAACGUGGUGGCCUUGCAUCGACUACUGUGGAACCAUCAGGAGAAAAUUGGAGAUUACUUGUCGUGUAGUAGGGAUCAUAAGGCUGUGGGCAGGCGGCCUUUUGAUAAGAUGGCAACACUCCUUGCAUAUUUGGGUCCACCAGAACACAAGCCUGUGGAAUCAACAUCGGGUCUUCUGUUCUCCUCUUACGCUCGUUGGUCAUCGAUAGAUAUGUCCUCGACGAACUUCGAGGAGUUCAUAGUGAAACACAAUAUGCACCAGAAAGAAGAGUACAAGAGCAUCAAGAGCUUGAACAUCUUCUAUCAAGCGGGCACCAGCAAGAUUGGGAAUCCCGUCUUCUAUUUUAUUUCUAGAAGAUAUAAAAUCGGGGAAAUAAACGCAGACCUACUGAUAUACCACGUGAUAAUAACACUUAAGCCGUUUUGCCAGCAGCCGUUCGAGCUCAUCGUUGACUUCACUCACACCAACUCAGAUAACCGGUUCAGGACGGACUUCCUCCAGAAGUGGUUCAGCGUGCUUCCAGAGGUGGCGUACUCCAGCGCGCACGCCUGCUACAUCUACAACUGCAACAGCUGGGUGCGCGAGUACACCAAGUUCCACGAGUCUAUCCUGGCGCCGCUCAGGGGUAACAGGAAACUGAUCUUCAUAGACAAUCACAGCCGUCUCAGUGAUUACGUCGACCCUGAACAACAGAAAUUGCCUGGAGCUACCCUCGCCUUGGAAGAGGAUCUCAAAGUCUUUAAUAAUGCUCUAAAGCUAUCGCAUAAGGAUACAAAAGUGGCGAUAAAGGUUGGACCAACGGCGCUUCAAAUAACAUCAGUAGAGAAGACCAAAGUACUAGGUUUACCAGUUCUAUUAAACGAUGUCUACUAUGCUUCGGAGAUUGACGAGUUAAGCCACUUCAAUUCUAAAGGUCUCUGCAUACCAUCCAACAACACGAUAUUCAUAAAGUCUGUCAGUGAGAAACUGGCGCACAAUGAGCCUCACCUCACGCUGGAAUUUCUUGAAGAAUGUAUACAGGGUUUUCGAGGAUCAUCAAUUGAACUAAAGCAUUUGUGCUUGGAAUAUAUGACUCCUUGGCUAGCGAAUUUAGUAAGGUUCUGCAAGCCUUCUGACGAGUCCCGACGUCAAAAACAAGUCGCCCAAAUUCUGGACAAGCUGAUCACCCUCACCAUCGAAGAGACGGAGAUGUACCCAUCGGUCCAGGCCAAGAUCUGGGGUUCUAUCGGUCAAGUGCCUGAACUUAUCGAUAUGGUCCUGGAUAGCUUUAUACAGAAGAGUGUUAAUUCUGGUCUCGGUUCCCCAAUGGUAGAAAUAAUGGCCGACACAGCAGUAGCGUUAGCUUCUGCUAAUGUUCAGCUUGUAUCAAAGAAAGUCAUCGGUCGAAUGUGUCGAGCCCUUUCCAAACUGCCCAACAAUAUUCUUGGUCCUGUUACAAUGGCGACUGUGGUGGAUAAAACCUGCCACUCGCCGACUGCGAUGCUGGAGCAACACAUGAUGUGGGAUGACAUCGCGAUCCUUGCGAGAUAUUUGCUGAUGCUGUCGUUCAACAACUGCCUGGACGUGGCGCGCCACCUGCCCUACCUGUUCCACACCGUGACGUUCCUCGUGUGCUCGGGCACGGUGUCCAUGCGCGCCGCCACGCACGGGCUCGUCAUCAACAUCAUCCACUCGCUCUGCACCUGCAACUCGCCCAGCUUCUCGGAGGAAACCCAAAGGGUCCUGAUGUUGUCGUUGGACGAAUUCGCGUUGCCGAAGUUCUACCAGAUGUUCGGUAUUUCGAAGGUCAAGUCAGCUGCUGUCACCGCGUUCAGGAGUCCGUACAACCGACACACUGGAGACUGGUACCCAGAACACUCCCACACUUGCUCAGAACAUAGCUGCGGGGCGGCCCCAUCGUCAGCUGGUCUAGGCGUCCAGACGGGGGGCUACAUGGGUGGGUCCCAAUCGGACCGCGAAAGAUUGCCCCUCCAGUCGCUUGAGACAAUCGCAGAUGCGUUGCUUGAGAUAAUGGAGACUUGCAUGAAGGAUAUACCUGACUGUGAUUGGUUAAGCACUUGGACUUCUCUGGCGAAGAGCUUCGCGUUUUGCUUCAAUCCGGCUCUACAGCCGCGCGCUCUCAUCGUCUUCGGCUGUAUCAGUAAAAACGUGACGGACGACGACAUGAAGCAGUUACUACGCAUCCUGGUGAAGGCGCUGGAGUCCUUCAACGACCUGGCGCUGCUGGAGGCCAUCAUCAUGUGCCUCACGCGCCUGCAGCCGCUGCUGCAUCCGAAAUCACCGAUCCACAAGGCGUUAUUUUGGGUGUCACUGUCAGUACUUCAGUUAGACGAUCCCAUUUUGUACGCAGCCGGUCUGGCUCUGAUGGAACAGAACCUGCACACUCUCGACUCGCAAGGAGCUUUCGAUAAUAAGACCCUGGAGCAAGUAUUGAUGGAGACACGAGAGCCUCUAGAGUGGCACUUCAAACAACUGGACCAUGCUGUCGGACUGAGCUUCCGGUCAAACUUCCACUUCGCGCUGGUGGGUCACCUGAUCAAGGGCUACCGACACCCGGCGGGCGGCACCGUGUCGCGUGCCUGCCGCGUGCUCUCCGCUCUGCUGGCGCUGGCCGCCCGCCCCGCGCGGGACAAGUUCCAGCUCACCACCAGCACCGUCGCCUACCUCACCGCGUUGGUGUGUGUGAGCGAAGAAGUGCGCUCUCGUUGCAACGUGAAGCAUUCACUGCCGCAGUGGGUGCCCGACAACUACGAUCAUUACUGCCCCGCUGUGGACCACCACCAGUCGUCGCUGCUGCUGCCGGCGGCCAGCGGCGCGGCGGGCGGGCGCCGGCACAAGCCCUGGGACGCGCCGGAGCUGGCGCACGGCGGCAAAUCACCAACGCUGCAACAGUCUGGUAGCGGCGGUCACAGUCCCCAUCUACUGAGUAUGACCCAUCAGGAUAGUGAAGGUCGAGCUCACAGCGUCCAGCAUGGUUCCGCGGGGGACGCGGCGCGGGAUUUGGAUGCUGACAGCGGUCUCGAUGUGGUGGACGAUGAUGGCCGAGGGUCUCCAGCCAGUACGGAUGAUACAGAACGACCGUCCUCUACGAAGAGUGGUGAUAGUGACUACCCGGAGUCGGCUACCAAGCAAACGUCACAAGACAAGGAAACCAAUAAUCCGGAAUGCAACACGCUUCUAGAUCCUUCGGUGCUAAGCGACUUCACUACGCAGGCGCUCGUCUUGACAGUUUUGGCUACUCUAGUCAAGUAUACCACAGAUGAAAAAGAAACCAGGAUACUGUAUCAGUACUUAGCCGAAGGAUCCGUGGUGUUUCCGAAAGUAUUUCCAGUCAUUCACAGCUUACUGGAUAUGAAGAUACAACACCUUCUGAUGCACUGCCACGAUCAAGCGAUACUGAGCGCGGUACAGAGCAUCAUACAGAACAUGGUGGCUUCGGAGGACGCGAGCCAGCAGCAGCUGCACUACAUGCAGAGCUGCGGCUUCGGGGGCCUGUGGCGGUUCGCGGGGCCCUUCACCAAGAGCCAGUGCACGGCGGAGAGCAGCGAGCUGUUCGUGAACUGCCUGGAGGCCAUGGUGGAGACGUGCCUGCCGGGCGACGACUGCGCGCGCCCGCCGCCGCCCGAGCCCGACCGGCCCGCCGCGCCGCACGCCGGUGUACACCGCCAACCUACGAUUUUCUGUUCCGGUCAAGACUCUUAGCAGAACGAUAGAUUAAAUCUGGCCUGCUGCCAAACUUGGUAGAAAACUGAAAGCAUCAAAUGCGGAACAGUUGCAGUAAGCGAAAAUAAAUAAUACCUAAUCAUAGUUAAUGUUGCUAAAAUCAUCUAUAAUAAUGUAUUUAAUAACUUAGAUAAUUAAUGACGAAAUAGUUGAAUGCCUACGCAUAUAUUUUGAACAACAAUUUUCAAUUCCUAUUAUUAAAAGUUCGGUUUCACCCGUAGGAGGCAUUAUUUAACUUUUAUAAAUAGAUGGAUAUUACCAAAGUAUCAUUGUAAGCACGACUGCGUAAAAUCAACGUUACUUUCUUAUCCUUAUGCACAUUGUUAACAAGCCAUUUUGCCGUCCAUUACCUGAAAUGACUAAAAAAUCAAAAUCAAAAUCAAAAACAGCUUUAUUCAAAUAGGCUCCAAGAGCACUUUCGAAUCGACA